AAUUCCAGCAAAUAGAGCAGUUAAAGAAAGGAGCUAAUUCCAUUUAGCAUAAUUUACCAUGGAUCUAUAUACUUUAACGACACGGCUAGAUGAAGAUCUGGUUUUCUGUAAAGAAAAUGGCACAGUUUGUGAUGGGGCUUCUUGUUUAUUACCAGAAGAUAAUUUCAAUAAGAUUUUAAAUACAGUAUUAAGUACUGUGAUCACAUGUAUGCUGGCUCUAGUCAUGUUUUCCAUGGGCUGCACUGUGGAAAUUAAAAAAUUUUGGGGUCACAUAAAGCGCCCCUGGGGUAUAGCAGUAGGGUUUCUUUGCCAGUUUGGAAUAAUGCCUCUCACAGCCUUUGUAUUGUCUAUUGCAUUCAAUAUACUCCCUGUUCAGGCUGUUGCCGUUUUAAUAAUGGGGUGCUGUCCUGGAGGAACAAGCUCCAACAUCUUAGCAUAUUGGGUAGAUGGUGACAUGGAUUUGAGUAUAAGCAUGACAACAUGUUCAACACUCUUGGCCCUGGGCAUGAUGCCUCUGUGUCUCUUUCUGUACACCAAGAAGUGGGUGAAUUCUAAUGACAUUGUGAUCCCCUAUGACAGCAUAGGUAUUUCUCUUGUAACUUUAGUAGUUCCUGUUGGAAUAGGAAUCUUUGUUAACCACAAGUGGCCCAAACAGGCCAAGAAAAUCCUCAAGGUUGGCUCUGUUACAGGAGCAAUUCUUAUUGUGCUAAUAGCUGUCAUUGGUGGAGUUCUAUAUAAGGGAUCCUGGAUUAUUACACCAUCAUUAUGGAUUGUGGGAACAAUAUUUCCAGCAGCAGGAUACACCUUUGGCUUCUUGUUAGCCUAUAUAUCUAAACAAACAUGGAGAAGAUGUCGCACGGUGGCGCUAGAAACAGGCAUGCAAAACACUCAGCUUUGCACCACCAUUGUGCAGCUCUCAUUUUCCCCUGAGGAUCUAGGUCUAAUGUUCACGUUCCCCCUUAUCUACAGUAUUUUUCAGCUUGCCUUUGCCUUUAUAUUUGUAGGAGGCUACAAAUUGUAUGUGCGAUGCUUUAGGAAGACAGAAGACAAUGAAAAAGAUGUGGAAGAAGAAAACAAAGCUGAUGCACUACAUGGAGAAACAAAUGGAGGGUUUCAAAUCGAGGGCAAGGCCAAUAGCUGA